GGUGUAAGGUCAUCUCAUUUUGUGUGCACUGGGCUACCCCACCAAGAAGCUACUCUAUCAAGGAUGCAUACAAGAGAUAUCAAUUAAUGAAUACGGGAAAUUAAUUAGAGUGAGGUUCGGACUUGCAGUGAGGUUGAUAGAAAGAAAGUUCUUUUUAAAGGGGGAGGUUAUAACAUUUUCUCCAUCAACUAGCUUGUCAGCUCCAAUUUUGAUCAAUCUUGCUACUUCCUAUAUAGUUUGUUUUGGGAUUGAUCGAAGGGUGGUGUAAGUGCAGAGAGAGAUCAAGCAGAAUGGCUACAGGGACUGGGAAGGUGGAGAAGUUGGAGGCAGAAGUGGAGAUCAAGGCUUCUGCUGACCAUUUUCAUGACAUCUUAAGUUCAAAACCUCACCACCUAUCCAACGUCUAUCCCGAAAAAAUUCAAAGUUGUGAUAUCCAUGAGGGUGAAUGGGGCAAGGAGAGCUCUGUUAUCUGCUGGAACUAUGUUCUCGAUGGGAAAGCUUGUGUGGCGAAAGAGGUAGUUGAAGCCAUAGACAAAGAAAAGAAUUCGGUGACAUUCAAAGUGAUAGAGGGACAAUUGCUGGAGGACUACAAGAGUUUCAAAGCCAUUAUUCAAGCUACCCCAAAGGGUGAGACAACCUUGGUGAAAUGGACCUUCGAAUUUGAGAAGCUGAAGGAAGAUGACCCUGAGCCCAAAAAAUUACUCGACUUUGUUGGUCAUCUCACCAAAGAUGUUGAAGACCACCUUUUUGUUUUGGGAUCGAUCGAAGGGUGGUGUAAGUGCAAAGAGAGAUUGAGCAGAAUGGCUACAGGGACUGGGAAGGUGGAGAAGUUGGAGGCAGAAGUGGAGAUAAAGACUUCUGCUGACCAUUUUCAUGACUUCUUAAGUUCUAAACCUCACCACCUAUCCAACGUCUGUCCCGAAAAAUUUCAGAGUUGUGAUAUUCAUGAGGGUGAAUGGGGCAAGGAGAGCUCUGUUAUCUACUGGAACUAUGUCCUCGAUGGAAAAGCAAGUGUGGCCAAAGAGAUAGUAGAAGCCAUAGACAAAGAAAAGAAUUCGGUGACAUUCAAAGUGAUAGAGGGACAAUUGCUGGAGGACUAUAAGAGCUUCAAGACCACUAUUCAAGCUACCCCAAAGGGUGAGACAACCUUGGUGAAAUGGACCUUCGAAUUUGAGAAGCUAAAGGAAGAUGACCCUGAGCCCAAAAAAUUACUCGACAAUGCUAGUCAUCUCACCAAAGAUAUUGAAGACCACCUUGCUAAGGCUUAAUAUAAAUAUAUAUAUAUAUAUAUAUAUAUAUGUAUGUAUGCUCGUAUAAGUAUUGUUUCAUAAUUCUAAGUCUUGCAUGUAUAAUAAAGUAGUGUUUGGAAUGUCGAUUUCGAAUUUUAAAUUUGAAUUUAUACAAAUUUGAAAGAAUAUUAAGAUAAUAUUAUAUUAAAUUCUAUUCAAAUUUGUGUCAAUUGAAAUUAAAAAUUUGAAAUCUAUUCCGAAGUACUAUAUAUGUAAGGGUUUGGGAAAGAAGGUUUCCUGUAUUAAUUGCUCCCUUGUAUGGUAUCCCUCCAUCCAUAAUUAAGUAUAAUGUAUUUUGCUGGUAA